AUGAAUCCUUACGAAGCAGACCCAGCAAACGUUCCUGCUGAUGAUCCUUAUGCUGAUGUACCUCUUUAUGGUCGCUACCUCCCCCGGCAAAACGAUUUCCGUCCGAAGACCGAUCAUAUACGAUCAUCAACACCAGAAUCACUAAGAUACUGGGAGUCUGUCUUAAAACACUUAGACUCGUCGACUUUGCUAUAUGAGGACCCAGAUGACGACGCAAGGGAUGUCUUUGCGUUCGGCAGCAUCAUUGUCAAGUCGAGCCACUUGAAGUCAACACUGCCCAUGCGUCAGUACUCUCUGUCCGAUGAAAACGAACUCGCUGCAACGAAGGUUGUUCGAGGCGCCUUGAAUAGAAUGGGAAUUGAAGUCCCAGAGAUUAUAUUCGCUGGGAAGGUGAACGGGCGCGAUACCUUGAUACAAACCCGCAUCUCCGGAGUGACUCUUAAUGUCGCAUGGCCUUAUCUAAAUGCUACCCAAAAAGCAUCAUUUAAGUCCCAGGCACGUAAGGUCUUGGGGCAAUUCCGAAAUAUUUACUCGAACUCCAGUUCUAGUUUACCGUCAUACUUGGUGCCAGAUAACGACCCUGUUAAGCACCGCAACAUCACAGAGGAAGAAAAAAGUAUCCUUUUCGGUAAAUACAGAGAUCAUGCUUUUGACGGGAAAGCUAUCCGAGAGGAAGAGCGGAGCGAAGAUUUUUGCCUUAUGCACAACGAUCUUGGAACUUCAAAUAUCAUUGUGAAUCAUGAUAGGAUUGUCGGUAUCAUCGACUGGGAAAUGGCUGGGUUUUUCGGCUUGAAACGAGCUUGUGCUGUGCACCAACAAUGUCGCACUCCUAAGCGGGAAGAUUUCGCAAAUCUUAAUCUUGAGGAGGAACAUCUGGCAGAUCUUACGUAUUGGUAUGAUUUGUAUCAAUUGGAUUGA